CUUCGUCGUCUCCUACCUCUCCUCUGUUCUGAAACUUUUUUUUUCUCUCUCUCUCUAUCUAUGAGACAACAACAACAACAUUCAUUCAUUUGCUUCAUCCUUUGACAUCGUUGAGAUCCCCAUAUUUCCCUUCUCUCUCUCUCUCCUUUCUCAUGCAUUGUUCAGAACAUAUAUGAUCUCUCACUCUCUCUCUCUCUCUCUAAGGUCAUUGCUCUGAAUCUUCUUCCGGAGAGACACCAUAAGGGAAAUUUGGGGAUUCAUCAUCGAUCACUAACUUAAAGGUAUCUCCUUUUAUUCGUAUUCCCGCUGAGACGAAAAUGUUAAAGCCUCUUAUACCGGAACCUGACUGCGUCGUCGAUAAGCUCCGUGAAGAUGAUAAGCCAGAUAGUAUUAUUAAUGUGGAUCAUGGAUCACCAAUUACUCCGCUUCAGACUCGUUCGACCACUAGUAGUGGCAGUUGCAGUUCUAGCUCCUCUGGAUCGGUAACGGGUCAUGCUGGACAUGCUCCGGUUUCGAGAAAAUCAAUUUCGGAUCGGCCCAUUUCGUCGGUGGACCAAUCCUCUAAGUCGACCAAUCCCUCUAAAGCUCGAUCCUUUAAGUCUAACACACCCUCCGCCGCUAAAUCUAAUAGCACUCCCUCCGCCGCGCAAACAAAGUCGAGUAUAAAUGGCUCCGCCGCUCAAUUUGGGUCUAGUAGCCCCGCCCGUGCUCAAUCUCGUUCGAGCAGCCAAGUUGGCGUUAAAACAGGGUGCCCAAAGACCGCAACCGGGAAUAUGAGACCAUCGAACUCUGUUUCGGGCACAACAAAACAAUCUGGUAAAAGCUCUAGUGCGCUGCAACAGCAUGUCAAAAUACUUCCCGGCGGGAACCUUUUCCCGUCGGGGAAGGUACAGAUUACAGGAAUGACUCAUGAGAAGCCGAAAAGCAUGGUUCUUGCGCCAGGCCCUAAAUCAUACGGAUACGGUAGCAUAAUCCCUGGAAACAAUUUAUCUCCGGUGAAGCCAACGAGGACGUCUGGCUCUUCUUCCUCUGUUUUGCCUUUAGCUAUCCGUAGCUCUGGCGGUGUCCCCGACGCUGAGACACCGUGGAAGGUUGUUAUCUAUUCUUCGAAUCCGGAUGAAGUAAAGAGAAUUGGAAACGAAAUGUUUAAAAAAGGCUGUUUCACUGCGGCUUUGAAGAUGUACGAUCGAGCAAUAGAGCUAUCACCAAGUAAUGCGACUUACCAUAGCAACCGAGCAGCUGCAUUGUCUAGUUUGGGUCAGAUUGGUGAAGCUGUCAAUGAGUGUGAAAAAGCUAUUAAAUUGGAUCCAAAAUUUGCAAGGGCUCAUCACCGUUUAGCCUUAUUGCUUCUUAGAUUAGGUUAUGUCGAUAAUGCAGGGAUACACUUUUAUUCAGUGGAAGAACCAUCAGAUCCCAUGGUGGUGAGGAUGCUUCAACAAGUAGAUAGACACUUGAACAAAUGCACAUAUGCAAGAAGACGAGGUGAAUGGAAUAUUGUUUUGACAGAAGUAAGUGCAGCCAUGGCGUCUGGAGCUGAUUCUUCUCCUCAGCUAGCUAUGUGUAAAGUUGAAGCACUAUUGAAACUCCUACGGCUUGAUGAUGCUCAAAGAGAACUAGAAUUUGUCCCCAAAGUAGAACCAUUCCCAGCCUCUUUCGCACAGACUCGGUUUUUCGAUAUGAUAUGUGAAGCUUACACAUAUUUUGUCAAAUCUCAGAUGGAGUUGGUUCUAGGGAGGUUUGAAAAUGCAAUUACAACUGCAGAAAAAGCUUCAGAGAUCGAUCCACAUAACCAUGAAGUUGAAAUGUUGUAUAGAAAUAUUAGAUUAAUUGUUAGGGCGCGUGAUCGUGGUAACGAUCUUUAUGAAUCAGAAAGAUACACUGAAGCAAGCUCAGCUUAUGCGGAAGGCCUUAAGUAUGAUCCAUCCAAUGCUACUCUAUUAUGUCGUAGAGCAGAUUGUUUCUUUAAAGUUGGGAUGUGGGAGAGCUCGAUCGAAGAUUGUAACCAUGCAUUGCUCAUUCUACCGAGUUACACAAUGUCUCGUCUUCAAAGGGCUGCUUCAUAUAGCAAGUUGGAAAGAUGGGCUGAAGCAGUGAGAGACUAUGAGACGUUAAGAAAGGAACUGCCUUAUGACAAGGAAAUUGCAGAAUCUUUAUUUCACGCUCAAGUUGCAUUGAAGAAAUCUCGCGGUGAAGUAGUUCUAAACAUGGAGUUUGGAGGUGAAGUUGAGGAAAUUUCUAGUCUUGAAGAGUUAAAAGCUGCAUUGACCCGUCCUGGAGUUUCCAUUGUACACUUUUUUAGAGCCUCUGAUCCACAAUGCAAGGAGAUGUCUAUGUUCAUGGACGCAUUAUGUGUUCGUUACCCAUCUUUACAUUUCCUCAAGGUGGAGAUUGUAAAAUGUCCAGCAGUGGGUGAUGCAGAGAGAGUGAGAGUUGUGCCAACAUUCAAGAUUUACAAACUUGGGAUACGGAUGAAGGAGAUCGUGUGUCCUAGCAAGGAAGCACUGGAGAAAACAGUGAGGCACUAUGGCCUUUAAGCAAACUCAAAACAUGAUAAUGUCCAUUUAAAAAGAGAAAAAAAGAAGAUCACUUCUGAUUUGAUUCAUUCAUUUCUCUGUUAGGUUUAGGAGGAAUCGAAAGAGAGAUUAGUCCUGUGUACAUAGAGAAAAUUUUGGCUAUUUAGGUGAUGAAACCAUAUAAAAUAAGCAGAGAGAGAACACCAUUCAUUCAAUGUUGUCAACACAUUUUUCCAUCAAUAAAAAUUCUUCUUCUUAUU